UGCAAUAAAGUUUAGCAGUCAUUGUUUUCAUGUUAACUUUAUAAAGUACAAACUGUCAUACCGAAAUAACGUUAUUAAAUAUUUAGAAAUAAUGAGUGAAUUACAAUUUGCAACUUUCUAUAAUGGAUAUGAAAUCCCUGUACUUGGAUUAGGAACAUGGCAGUCUGUAGGCGAUAGUGUGGUCGAUUUAAUCAAAGAUGCUGUCCGUAUGGGAUAUCGGCAUAUCGACACUGCACAGGUGUAUGGUAAUGAGAAAGAAAUUGGACAAGCCAUCACUGAUCUUAUUGAGGAGGGUAUAAUAACUCGUGAAGAAAUUUUUGUGACUAGCAAAUUAUCGUCUACUCGUCAUCGUUCAGAUCUUGUCGAACCAGCUUUAAGGCAAACUCUGUCCGAUUUGAACAUUGAGUAUCUUGAUCUUUAUCUUAUACACUGGCCGAUGGCAUUUAAAGAAGUAGAAUCGGAAAAUCCAGUGCCUAUGGACACCGAUGGAAAAAUACAGUUUAGCGAUGUCGAUUAUCUUGAAACUUGGGAAGCAAUGGAACAAAUGCAGGAAACUGGUCUAACAAAAAAUAUAGGUGUAAGCAAUUUCAAUUCCACACAACUUUCAAGAGUGCUUGAUAAUUGCAAAAUAAAGCCAGUGACCAAUCAAGUCGAAUGCCACCCUUAUCUACCUCAAAUUAAGUUAUCUGAAUUUUGCAAGUCCAAAGACAUCCUAAUCACGGCUUACAGUCCCCUUGGUGCUCCCAAAAGGCCUUGGAUGCAAGAAGGAGAACCAGUUUUACUAGAAGAUCCUAAAAUAACGGAAAUUGCCGAAAAAUAUGAGAAAUCUACAGCCCAAGUCGUCUUACGUUAUCAGAUACAACGUGGACAUAUCGUUAUCCCCAAGACAAUUUCAUUAGAUAGAUUAGAAGAAAACAUGCAGAUAUUUGAUUUUGAAUUAUCAGAAUAUGAUAUUGAAUCACUUCAUACUUUCGAACGUAAUCGAUUUUGCCCAUUCACUGUUUCUAUAGAUCACAAAGAUUAUCCUUUUCACGACGAGUUUUAGAUUAUUUAGUAGUUCUAAUUGUAAAUCACUAAUGAAUCUGUAGAUAUUAAAAAAUAUUUGUCACUGGUAACUGUUAUACGAAAUUUCUGCAAUUAUUUAACAUUUAA